AGACAACAUGGAAGAGCACAACUGAACCACUUCUCUCAAAAAAAAAAAAAAAACCCAAACACACUAUAAAACCCCUCUUCUCGCUCUCCCUCUGUUCAUCUUGCUGAACCCCCACCCCCACCGUCGUCCUCCGCCUUAGACCCGUCGCACAAAACAAAGAACCAACCUCACCAUCACACAAUGGGGAAAGGCGGCACCCUCAGCGACAGCGUGAUAAAAAAAAUCAUCCUCUCCUACAGCUACGUAGCGAUAUGGAUCUUCCUAAGCUUCACAGUAAUCGUCUACAACAAGUACAUCCUCGACAAGAAGCUCUACAACUGGCCUUACCCCAUCACCCUCACCAUGAUCCACAUGUCCUUCUGCUCCACCUUAGCAAUCCUCCUCAUCAAAGUGUUUAAACUCGUCGAGCCGGUGUCCAUGUCUCGCGAGACUUACCUCAGAUCAGUCGUCCCUAUAGGAGCGUUGUACUCUCUCUCCUUAUGGUUAUCCAACUCCGCUUACAUCUACCUCUCCGUCUCCUUCAUACAGAUGCUCAAAGCUCUGAUGCCUGUCGCGGUUUACUCCAUUGGCGUCCUCCUCAAGAAAGAAUCGUUCAAGUCUGAUACCAUGACGAACAUGUUAUCCAUCUCCUUAGGCGUCGCGAUCGCUGCUUACGGUGAAGCGAGGUUCGACGUGUUUGGUGUGUUUCUCCAGCUCGGAGCGGUUGCUUUCGAGGCGACUCGUUUGGUUCUGAUUCAGAUCUUGCUCACGUCCAAAGGAAUCAACCUUAACCCCAUCACGUCUUUGUACUACGUCGCUCCUUGUUGUUUAGCGUUCUUGUUUAUCCCCUGGAUCUACGUGGAGUUUCCUGUUCUUAGAGACACGUCUAGCUUCCGCUUCGAUUACGUCAUCUUCGGGACGAACUCGUUGUGUGCGUUCGCUUUGAACCUUGCUGUGUUUCUUCUCGUGGGGAAGACUUCGGCAUUGACUAUGAAUGUUGCUGGUGUGGUUAAAGAUUGGCUGUUGAUUGCUUUCUCUUGGUCUGUGAUUAAGGAUACUGUGACUCCUGUUAACCUUUUUGGGUAUGGGGUUGCGUUUUUGGGGGUUGCGUAUUAUAAUCACGCGAAGUUAAAGGGGUUGAAGGCGAAAGAGGCUCAGAAGAAGGUUCAGCAAGGGGAUGAAGAGGGUGGGAGGUUGUUGGAAGUGAGGAAAGGUGGUGAUGGUGAUGGUAAGAAGAAUGAGUCUGCGAACUAGUUUUUAUUUUUUUUGACUCAGAAGGAAGACAAGACACAUAAUAAAAGCAUGGAAGUGAUAUGCUCAUAGGUAGUGAUGCUAGAAUCUUUUGUUGCUUUCCUCUUUGUUUAAAAGUUUUUCUUUUAUCUCUUUUGGUUUUGUUUUCUUCAAGUUAUUUAUGAUUACAAUUGUGUUACCAAACUUUUGUUAUGGAUGGUAGAUUUUGUGAAUCUAAUGGUGUUACUAUGGUGUGUUACCAAAUC